AUGUUCCAUCGAGCCUUCCGGAGACUAGAUCGGACCCAGCCCCAGUCGGGGAACUCUGGGGAGGUACCGGGGACGGCUAAGGAGGGCAAUACCACGUUGAAAGUGGCAACACUUAACAUCAACGGGGUCAAGUCGAAGAAGAUACAACUCCAGCGUGUGCUAGCGAUGUACCGGAUUAACUGCAUUGCCCUACAGGAGACGACCCUGACUGUGACAGACUGGGCGCUCAACGUGCCGGGGUAUCGAACGUUUGCGGUGUAUGGAGAAAGGACGAGUUCGACACGUGGAGCGGCCAUUUUGUUGCGGAAUAAGAUGGGGGCACAAACGGUGGGCAAGAGCUCGCCGUGGCACACCUUCGUCCGGUGCUAUGGUCUAGGUAAAGUUCCUUUGCGAACUGUCCGAAACCAGAUGAGGGAUUUGAGGGUCAAGUACCCGAACGAUUCCAUCAUCCUCAUGGGAGACUUCAACCGACUUCGCCCCAGGGUUGAACAAUGGUUCAACUGCGCGUAUGAAUCGAUACGGGUGUGGGAACUCACGGGGAAAGAUGCCGACCUCGGAACACGGGACCAUGGGUCUAAGCGAGUCAUAGAUCACAUCAUGACGUCCUUGGCCCACCCGCAAGACACACUGCGGGCACCCCGAGUACUGAGGAAGGUGGACAUCUCCGACCACUAUCCAGUGGUGAGCACGUUCAGGAGCGACCGAGCAGAUGCAAGCACAGGCGACAGCGUAGGUGUCCCAAUCAACGCACGUACGAUCCAAAGGGGAGAGAGAAUCAACACCGGAUUGAUUCCGAUGCCAGGGACACACUGGUAUCAAGAGAGCGGACCAAGAGGUCGUGCGAAUCACCAGAAAGUGAUCCAUGCGAACUAUUGGGAACCACUCGCGGACCUCAUCGAGGAGGGCAAUGAGGAGCUCUCACCGGAGGAUACGACGGCGUUGGUUGACGCUGCGGCUAGCCGCAUGGUGGAAGCCUCCCACCAGGUGGCGAGGGAAUGUGGACAAACUAAGGACAGUUCGACCCAACGUGCACCUGCACUGAAGCCCCAGAUCGCGCGAGCCAUUGAUGAUCGUGGUCGCCUGUAUAGAGCCGCCAAGAGGUUGCGGAAGAACUCACCACGGGCUAAGGUCGCUUGGGAACGGUACCAUGAGGCGAGGAUGAAGGCAGAACGGUUGGUUCGGAAGGACCGACGACGUGCAUGGACGAAAGCCCUUUGUACGGCGAGUGAACAGCUACGUUCGGACCCCAAAGCGGCUUGGCACUUUAUGUCCGCUGUUGCGGGAUGGAAGCGGAAGGACUCAUCGGGCGGCCUGCAACCGGUGCAGCACCCUGAUUCACGCGCGCUCCUCACGAGUGCGAAUGACAUCAGCGCGGCAUGGAGGACCCAUUAUCAGCGACUGGCGGCGGAUGUGACGGGGAACAGCCGGAAAUCGGAUAAAUGGAAUGCAUGGCGGGCUGCCCCCCAAAGGCGACAUAUGACCGAACUCGAUGGGCCCAUUCUGAGAGAAGAGAUGGUGGAGGCACUAGCCCGUAUCAAACGACAUAAAUCGCCAGGCAACGAUGGGGUACCAGCAGAUUUCCUGGAGUUGGCAGGGGGGGAAGAGGGGUCCCAGUCUCCAAUGGGGAAGACAGUACUUGGUAUGCUCAACUUGAUCUGGAAAACUCGGGUGAUUCCGACGGACAGGAGAGAGUCGACAGUUGUACCGAUACCGAAGAAAGGCGACAUGACCGACAUGAACAAUCACCGCGGGAUAUCGUUGAUGAAUACGGUGCUCAAGGUAUUGGUCAUGAUCAUAAGCACCCGCCUGAACUCGGCAUUUGAGCGACACAAACUGUUUUCUCAAUCCCAAGCGGGUUUUAGGACUCGGGAGGAAUGCGUGACACAGGCCGCAUGUCUGCUGGAAAUCUGCCAACGACGUAAGUUCAGGCGCAAGUCUGCUUAUCUGAUGUUCGUGGAUCUCAAGAAGGCGUACGACACAGUGCCGCAAGAAGCACUCUUCGCGAAACUAGUAUUCUAUGGGGUACGGGGAGAGAUGCUGGCCUUUAUUCGAGCUUUGUACGCGAACAGCAAGAUCGCGGUUCGCACGGGCGACCUGUUGUCCGACUCGUUUAGCCUGGAGCGAGGAGUACGGCAGGGAUGCCCACUGUCGCCGGUGCUGUUCAAUAUCUUCAUCAACGAUAUAUUGGACGGAGCCGAGUCACUGGGAGUACCCGAGGUGGGAAACCAACUUGAACGAGCACCUCGUAUCCCGGGCCUACUGUUUGCGGACGACCUCGUGACCAUUUCGCCGACCCGGGCAAAAUUGGCUGCGAUGGACGACCACAUAUCAGUGUGGAUGGCGGAGAACGAGAUGUCGGCUGGAAUUCACAAAUGCGGUGUGAUGGCCAUCGGACACGGACGACGGAGGCUACGCGAGAGGCCUGAUAGGUGGAAACUAGCAGGAGAGACACUACCAAUUGUCGAGUCGUAUACAUACCUAGGGCUUGAGUUCAAUCGAAGGCUCGAUGUGGAAGUUAUGAUGGGAAACAAGCUGGCAGCGGGGGAGAAGCUAGUUACACUGAUGACCCCGUAUCUGUUGUGCAGACAGAUACCAGUGCCACUCAAGGUAGCAGUGGUCCGAGGAGUGAUUUUGCCCAGGCUCCUCUUUGGCGCCGAAGUGUUUGGGAUGCGUACAAGCAUCACUAACCGACUGCAAGUAUACGUGAACCGGGCGUAUCGGAUGGUAGCAGGUAUGAGCCCGAAGGCGACGGUUUCCAGUGUGGCACUAUGGAGAGAAUUGGAAAUACCUCCGAUAUGUGCGAGCGCAGCCGCGAGGCGGGCGAGGACGAUGCAAAAGGCGUCGAAACUGAAAACCUGGAUUGCAUCGAUCAUGGCCCAACCCUACAAACACCGAAAGUGGACGUGGGGCACGGGAACGGGACGAUGGAUGAACCGGUAUUCACAUCGACUGGCUAAGGCAACGUCUGACGACCUCCCGGCGAAGAUGCGACGACCUGGGGGGUGGAUUAAGAUGAAUCCGCAAGAGUUGAGCAGAUGUAUCACCGCGGUAGUGUGGGAACGGGAGGAACGAGUCGCAUGGUCCAAAACCGCGGAUGAUUACAAGCAGAUGCAUUUCGAAACCAACCCCCUGGCUGCCGCACGCGCCGCGGGGCACGCUACACUUGAAGAAGGAUUGGCACUCAUCAUCCGUUGCCGCGUUGGUGGAUUCUGGGGCGCCGGUAGGCUGAGCCGGCGGGGCAUGAUCCACCCCAGAUACAAAAGGAUGUGCCCAUGUUGCAAGAGGCGGGUAGAAGAGGAUCUUGCACAUGUAUUGUUCGACUGUCCGACGUGGUCGGAAGCUCGUAACGGCCUGCUUGCGCCACUCAUCGCUGCAGCCAAUGCGAUUGUUGGCUCGGCGGACUCUGGUUAUGGGAAGAAAAAGGUUGCCCUGCUUCUCGGUGGGAAGUAUGAAGGGUGCAAAGCGUUGAAAGAUUGGGGAUUGGAGUCAGGAUUCCGGGGGCCUAUCUCGCCUGUUGAGAAAGAGGGGUAG